ACAAAAUGACAGUAAACGUCAUUUAUAAUUCAUUGCCCAAGUCGGUCGAAUUGAAUAAAGUUAUUUUUGUGCGCGUUUUAAAUUAUUCAGCGUAAAUGGAAAAUAUUAGUGUCCUGAAUUUAGGAAGUAGGAGUUGAAGUGCGGCUGUUGUGUUUCGUAACUGUGUUCGUGUGUUAAAUAGUGACAUUAAUGGCUACUACACCAAAACAAGUGAACGGCAAACCGUCGAAUAAUAACGGCUCCCUGGGAAAGCGGAAGAAAUCUCGUGGGAGCAGAGGCUCGUACCUAUCGAAAUGGUUAGAUAAGACAAUGCACCACAUACAAGAGUCGACACCUAGCAUGGAUACGUACGAUACUUACGUAAAUCCGAACUUGCACUACGCGAUGGGCAGUUCUCAGUUCGCUCCCGGCUACGAUCCUUACAGACACAUGUAUGGCUGUGGGCCUGAGCCGAUGUCCCUGCCCACACUACCUUCAUACUGCAACCCACCUAUGAUGCCAUUCUACGGGCCCGAAUAUCGGUACGUGCAGAACGUAAACAAAAGCAUUCAAGUACAGAGGCCGAGACUGCGGCGCCGCAGUGAGAACAAGGCUGAGGAGGCGAACAGCGCCUCUCGGCAAGGGACCCCGACCCACCCGCACGCCAUGAAUUAUUUACAACCAAAGAAUAUAACUGACAGUCAGGAUUUCGCUAGUUUACCCCCAAUAGUGACAUCAGUCGGUGACACAAACUCCAACAGUGAGAUUAACAUGAAUGAUAAGGAUGAAGGGAGCAAUGCUAGGAGGUUCAGUGACCCUUGUGUGAGAGGGCUGCCGGAUGUAGCGAGGCCUGCCAAUGGUGAUGUGGACUCUGGAUCAGAAGCCAGUUCUGACAUGUCUGGCAGUCAGGUUGGCAGUAGACUCCUAACAUGUCUCUUAGACCAAAUAUCUUCCCUGAAAAUGGCAAAUGAAAGACUGAGUAAAGACUUAAUGGAUACCAAAGUGGAGCUGGAGAAUUUGCGACAACACAACGCCAUACUGAAAGGGUCCAGUUCGAGUAUGGGUGCUACGCCUAACCAUUCGCUUAAUGACAACGCGUACUUAGCAGGGCAGUAUGCUCCGGGCUUCCUGACCGACUUGGUGCGCGAGAUCAGGGACGCGGCGCGCAUGCGUGAGGAUGCGCUGUACUCGCGCGUACGAGCCAUGGUCGUCGAAAGAAACGAUAACGGUUUGACAUCUUCGGAAGCUAAGUUCACGGAAAAAGCUCUUGAAGAGAUCAAGAGUUCUCUGCGUGCUUCGGAGGCGGACAAGCGUCGUAUGAUGGAUCGCAUAGUCAAACUGGAAGAUGAAUUGCGAGUCUUAAGAGUCACAAACGGUUUGGAGUCGAACGAAAACAAAAUAUCGAACGGUAACGUCGAAGACGCCGAUGCUGAGCGGAUGCGCUUGCGCAAAGAACUUGCGGACAUGCGCAAAGCUAAGCAAAACGCUGAGGAUCAUUCGCUUAAACUUGAACGUCUUGUAACACAGCUACGUUCAAAAUUCAACGGGCUACAACUCACGAACGGGCCCGAAUCGUUGCCGAGCGAUCCCGAACACGACACGAACGUGCGCGCACGCCGAACGAGUGUCAACUCGGCGAACAAUUCCACUGUUGUCUUUGGCCCUGUUACCGAUUUGUAGCGAAUGGAGAUCGCAAAUGCGACCGUUUGCAUCGUCGCUGAUCUAUUCUGGUCUAUAUUGUAUAAGUUUACCUGAACGGACUUUAGUAGUUCUAGAUUACGUCUCUGUUUAAAAUAUAAUCUGUGGUGAAGUGUUUCAGUUUGUAGCGUGUGUUCUGCACUUUUUUUUUAGUCAUUGUGUGUUGAUAUUGAAUCUCGAUCACUGGAAUUGAUUAAUUUAAGCCCGUGUUUACCCCUUUUUGAUAAAAUCGAAUUUAAUUUCGUGCUAUUUUUUGUGAUUUUUUUAGUUUUAUGUUGGUUAAUCGUAUCAAAAUUUAGUAUAAAGACACGAAUAAAAAGACAGCAAUAAAAUUAAAUGCAAGCUUGUAUUAAUAAUGAUAAUCAGUACUAAUGUUUUAAAGUACAGUUAACAAGAAAAUGCUUACACAUACAGAAUAUAAAAGCAAUAUUUCGUAUUAUAUUAUGCCGAUAACACAAUUUUUCUUAUACAUUUUACAGAAAGCGUUACAAUAAGAAUUGAGAGAUAUUUUAAAUAUUUUGCCUGAAUACGCUAUACAUUCGUCGAUUGUACAUCUAACUAUCCUUGUUAUUAAAAUAUUUUCCACCUUAUGGUAUGUUAUAAUAAAGUGGAAAAUCGUCUGACACAUUAGGGUAGUUUCAUGUGCUUUUUACAGUUCCUCUUACUAUUAAUAUUGGUGCUCACUUUGCUCCAUCACAUUUUAAUAAUAUUUCAUUGCAAUAUAUACUCUAUGUACAUUAUUAUAAUUGAUAGUGUUGUUUGCUCACCCAUUGUUACUUGUUACCUUUGUGCAUUGGUCUCGUAAAUAAAAUAAUAUUCCAUUUUAAUUUGAUUGUACUUAACAUAUUUAUAAUUUAAAUCAAAUUACACUACGUACUAUUUGACUACGCAAAUUGACCAAAUUAAAAGUACAGUCACGAUGAAAAAUGUAUUAAUAUAAUAAAAUAAUAUUUACGCAAUAAUUAUUUGUGGCAUAAAAAUUACAAAAAUAAAAUCAUUAAUUAUGUUUUAGCUGUCCCUGUAAAAUUGUGUAAAUGUACGCGGCAACAGAAUCGUCACUUUGUUGCUACUAUCGGUAUGUCAUUUUGACAAUUUACCCAACAGAUUACCGAGCAUUAUUGUCCCGAUCAUUUAAUGAUUACAAACACAAUAACAUUAUUACAUUACAGUUUGCCUAGCAAUCAGCUCUUAUUUACUAACUUGAUGCACGGCUGUUGAUGUUUGCAAUUUUCGACCAAUUGCCUCUUCACACCUUUGCAUUUAAGCGUUUUAAUAUUUGCUAUAAGUCACCAACGUUUGUGUGCCAAUGAUUUUCACGGUUUUUCGUACACUCGUGGAGAUGAAAAUGACUAUUUUAAACCGGCUUAUCCAUAUCUACAUUUACUUUCAAUCAUAUGUACUUAAUCAACAAUCGAAUAAAAUAAGAAGACGUACUAAAAUUACUUCCAUAUUUACAAAUAAAAGCAUAAAUUUCGAAAUUAAAUUGGAAAUAAAUACAAGUAAAACUUCGCUGAAGCAAUUAAAAGUUCGUUUAGAUAUCCUCAUUGCGUUCAUUAUUGUUGUUUGUAUGUUAAUUAAUUGAUCGAUUACGGCAUUCUGGGAAUAUUUCGCGUCUAUAUCAAUUAGUGAAGUUUGUUCUGUAUGUUUAACUAAACAAACUACGAUUUUCGUUCGUUCGUGUACAAGACGAUUCUGGCUAUUAUUAUUUUAAUUAAUUGUUCCGAAGCUGAAAAUUAAUUGAACGAUUUUAUUAUUACAAUAGUUUCGAACGGCGUUUUGCUCAAAUAAGCGUUUGUUUUCCUUAGGUUUAUUUUGCGAAAAUUUACUUGAUAGAAUACUUUAAAUUAUAUAUUUGAUUAUUUAAAAAAAAAGUGAUGGCUUGCUCGAAAAAUUCCGUCUUAAAAAUUGAAAUAACUGGCUCAUGUGAUUGUGAUGUUUUGUGUUACUAUUAUUACUAUUAUUUUAAAUAACGAAUUUAAUAAUAUAGUUAAGUGUUUUGUGUGUGAUUGUACUUUUUUGCUCUCUAUUUCUAACAUUUUGUUUGUGUUGUCUAGUUACGUUAUCUAACACGAGUGAUUUAUUAACCGAUUUGUAAUUGUCCGCCAUUUUUAUGUUUAUUGUAAUGGUUAUCUAUUAUCUGUACUUAUUAUUAUGAUUAUGAUAUAAAAAUUAAUAAUUAUUAUAAUUGUUAUGUGCAGUUCUUAAACUUGAACUUAGAUUAUUUUAUAUGUCCAUUUUGUUUUAUCUAAAUAGAUAUAUAAAUAAUCUAAGCUUUAUGUUCUUUCUCGAUUGUUGAACAUAUUCAUUAGAAAAACUUUCGACCGUAUACUCAAACGUCACUCAAUUUUGAAAUGUUAUAAAAUAUUUCUGUCUGUCAGUCUGUCUGAAACUGACAGACAUUUUGUGACAAUUUCAUAUUGAGUAUCGUUUCAGUGGUUUAUGUUUGACAAUUAAAUUGGUAAAUUAUCACAAUUAUGACUAGUAUACAUCACAUUAUUAUAUUAUUUUAUUGUAUUACUUAAAUGCAUCAGUUUACAAUAAUUUUAUGCCAGCAAUAGGGUUGAUGACGGGGUAUGAAAAUUAAACAUCUAUUCAGUCCGUCAGUUAGGUAAUGAAAACAUUAGACCCGUAUUUUUUUAUUUUAGUUUGUAGAAAUGACGUCAAGCAGUAUUUCAAAUCAAUGUUUCCGAAAAUAUUUGUUUCCUUAAGAAAAUAAAAUAUACGUGUCUAAUAUUUUACACACGUAUUUUAACAAGGCGGACAAAUAAAAAAUAGUCAUCUAUCUACCCUAUUGCUGUUUACCUAAAGAAUUGCAUUAGUUAGCAUCUAGGUAUAUGAAAAAGACACAUCCUUAUUUAUAUUGAGAUUAAAUAAUUAAUCAGAAUACCGACAGCCAAUUUCCGUAUAGUCUUUGUUAUACCAUUGUAAUUGUGAAUUUAUUACAGUUAGCUAAAAAAAUCAUAGGACGCCAUUUUUUAUUACACUAUAAUUAUAUUGCCAGUUGCAAAAAAUAUCUUUUUAAUAUUAUUAUUCACAUGACUCUUGUUUUUUAUUACUCUUGUCGUGUAUUUCAUCUUUUUUAUUAUUAAUUUAUUAUUUAUAUUAUAAUAUGUUUUCAGAUAGUUAUCCCCCAUCAUAUUAAAUUAACGUUUUAACUUGUUCGAGCCCAUUAACCACCGACGUCAUCGCAUUAGACUGAUUUUAACUAAUUUAUUUAACUACAAGUAAGACGCAUACCAAAUUGGAGAUAAGUAGAAUCGGUUGUUGUAAUUGUAUAUUUAUUUAAACUUAAGCUUUUGUAGUUGUGGUUCUUUUUUGUGUCUGAAAUAAUAUUUUAGGAAAAAUUGGGAAAUUUUAAACCAAAAUGAAAGCAAUGUAUGUGUCGAUUUAAUAACAGGUCCGAGAUAAAUUAUAUUGCCAAUGUCCAAAUUACUAUUGAAUUAACAACAAAUAUAAAAACUUAUUAACUGCCAUACUCAGAGUCACUUAAAAGUUACUUAACCCAGUCCUUAGCAAUUGUUUUUCAUACAAAAUCGUUACUAAGGAAUAGUUUAAGUAAUCAUUAAAUGUCACUGAAUGCGUCAGUCAGUGCAGCUCACAUCAUCGCAUUGUAGAUUAGUUAGUAGGUUAAUGAACACAUUAAAUAUUAUUUCAGACUCAAAAGCGAACAAAAUCAAAACCAAUACAUAUAUUUGCGAACAAUAAAUAGUAUAGAAAUUACUAUUAUUAUAAUUCAUGUAAUUACUACUUACGGUCGAAUUCUCAAACGUAACUCCAGUUUGACAGUUAAAUGUCACUGUCACUUAGCUGUCAAAGUGACAGGAGGAGUGACGUUUGAGAGUUUGGACGUUAAAAUUGAAAUUUUAGUGUUUAUAAAUAGAAUAUUGAAAUAAAUUAUCAUUGUAGCUCUGAAUCCGAUAGGGAAUGCUUUUGUAUAUUUAAUGCUCACAAUAUAAUUAUGUAAAGUUAUCAAUUUAAUCAAAUAAUUACUCAUUAACAUUAAGAUUUUAUUAAAUGGCUCGUUUUGGAGUUGUUUUUUAUUUGCGUACGAAUAUAAUCACGUUUUAUUUUUUAUAUACAUUUUACAUAACCCAUAAAAUACUAUAUUUUUGACUAAUUGCAGAUUCUGUGAAAGAUAUAACUUUUAAGUAUUCACUUGACAAUUGAAAUUGAAAUAUUUUAAUUUUCUUCUUAAAGCAAUAACUCAGCCUACAUAAAAUCAACUUUAUUGCUAAUAAUUAUAAGACAUAUAAUUCCAAAACGAGCCAUGUUAAUAAGAACGAUGGUGCCUUAACUAUGUAACGUUGUCCGCCCAUGUAUUGUUGUAGAACUGUUGUACUGUGCCAUCACUGUGCACUGCUUCUUGUAUCUUAUUGUAUGCUGUAAUAAAGGCGGUUUUCCAUUGGCAAGGUGAGGUGACAAAGUAACUCUUCAAUCAUUUUGCAUUGUUUUUAAGAAUAUCAGAUUUUCUAAGUCACGAGACAUGUUUCCUACAAAACGAAGCUGUAUUUAAAACAUUGAUAUUAUACAUAGUCGAUCGAUCAAAAUCGAUGCAGCAGUUUCGGAGAUCACUACACGCUUACAUACUUAUAUGUAAAUACAAAUCAUGUUUAAUUUAUUUACAAAAUUACUUGACUGCUAUUAUAUUCUAAGGAAUUGAAAAUUAUAGUCACAUUAUUUUAAUAGAAUAUUGCCUUCGACUUAAUAAUUUUCUCUGAGUUCUCACAUCGUCGUCAUGCCAUUGGAAAAUCGACCUUACUAUUGUGAAUAUUGUAGACUAUUUUCAUUAGAGACUACAUUUGCAGAUCCAUAUAACUGCUGAAAUCUGUAAAUUGUAAAAAUAUGUGCUAUUUUAGCUGUUCUAUAUGAGAAUUGUAAUAUCCCACUUCUUAGGUGCAUGUAAAAUUAAAUAAAAUAGUAAAUAAUUGAAAAAAAUAUUCGUGAACUUAAAUAUUUUUUGUUAAUAUUUGACGAUACAUUGCUAUGUAUAAAAUGUUAAAUGUUUUGUAAUAGUCGACAUGAUAAGUCAUUUCGUAAACUGGAGAAUAAAUUGACAUUUACACUUUUUGGCACACAAAAAUUAACCUUCAAAUUCUACAUAUUUGUACUAUUCGAUCAGCACAUAUAAUUGACAAUGAGGAGUUUCAUUAUGAUCAAUAGCCCGUGAAUAGUCCCCAGCUGAACUUUAGGUCAUCACUACAAAAAAAAAUCAUGCCAUUGGAAAUCGCAACUUAAGAUUCAGAUUUAUCAGAGAGUGAUGCUUCCUGGACAAUUGCUCUUGAAACCAAUAUCUAUGCAAUAAUAAUUUCUAUAAUUAUUUAAUGUCAGAAAUGUGCGACUCGAAUCGUAGAUGUGAAAAUAGCACUCAGCCAAAAGCCAAACUCAAUACCAUUUAGUUCAUUCAAUAUCCACGCAAUAUGGAUGCAAUGGGCGCUAGUGUUGCAAUUCAAGAGUACGAAAUUUCACAAUGUCAAUGUCGAUCAAUCGGAAUUUGAUUCAAAAGUAAGCCCCUUAUGAUCUUAGUCUUUAUUUUUGCUUUUUUGACACCGUUGUUGUAUAGUGUUGGUCAAUUUAUUCCCCAGUCGACUUAUGACUUAUUUCAAUCAAAUUGUACCUAAAUACUACUGCCAAUGUGAUAAAUAAUAUUCAUAAAAUAAUACUCGUUGUGCUAUUAAAACUCAUAUUAGUAUUGUUUCAUUAUGCCUAUGUUCAUUAUAGUUAUUGAAUAUAUUAUGAAGGGGGUUCUAAUAUUAUAAUAAACGAUAUAAUACAUUA